UCGAUGAGAGGCUCGCGCCAAAAACCAAAUAUAAACCAUGUUUAUGCAGUCAUUUCACGACCUAGGAGUUUGAUAACGUCCUAGCUGUGAGAAAUCUUCGUUGGUUAUUACUUGGACCUGCUCAAAAACACCUGGGAUUUACCAGAGCUUGUAUCUUUCCCACCGAAGCAACGAAUGUUGGAAGACAGAAGCUGAUGACUAAGAUAUCUACCCUGGACGUACUGGUCAUAGAAUGAUGACCGCCGGUGGCUUGCCUCCAUCUAAGCAAGAAAGCACGAUCAAAGAUAUUGAAAAAGGUGGCGAUUUGACAGAAGAAAUAGCUGGUAAAGACUCGCAGGUUUUGCACGAAACACGAUCUCAAAAACAAGUUUCGAAGAAACGUCUUCACGAAGACCAUGCGGAAAUUUUAACAAAGGACUCCAGUAUUACUGUUACAUCUGAAACAACCAAUAGUUCUGUUGGUGUUUCGACAAGGAGUAGUACAAGACCUAACAAAAGAAAGAAAUUGUCUGUUCCUCAAUCUAACAAAGUUGGAAAUCAAGAAAAUAGUGCUGGUUGUGAGUUAGUGACCUCAUCAUCAUCGUCAUCACCACAGACAAACAGAAGAAAAAAACAGCCAAAAAGGCAGUGGGAGUCUUGGGGAAAGGCAGAAAAGGACACCUUUUUUGAGGCUCUUCAUGAAUAUGGUAAAGACUUUGAUAAGAUCUGCAACUUCAUUGCAGCAAAACAUAAAAGAAGGGGCGAUCCUCCUGCUCUGAUUAAAAACAAAGACCAAGUUAGACAUUUUUACUAUCGUUCAUUGAACAAGAUUAACAAGUAUCUUCCUGCUGAGUACCAAAGGGGAAGUGACACCCAGCAGAAGAUGAUUAUUGAAUUAAAAGGUUUGAUUUGUUAUGGAGAACUACGCAAGAAAAUCUGUGGCUGGAAUGACAAACAUGGCAAGAAACUAGAAGAAUUACUAAAUCAUGGGACAAUUUCUAUCCGUAGCAAAGGACGAAAUUUCAAAGUUAAAGCACCUGUAUGCCGUGCCCUUAAACGGCUGCAAUCAGUAGGACGAGGCAAGGAAGAUGGUGAUGCUCAACCUCUUGCCAUGCCUAAUAAAUUUGUUUUGGAACUCAUGCCACAUGAUCAUUUAGCCUGGGCUGCUGUGCAGCAGCUCUCAAAAAACCCAAGGUUGAGAAUGUCUGUGCCAGCAAAGAAACCAUUAAGUGGGAUGCUUAAUUUCCUUAUGAAGAAGUGGCAGAUUUUGUCUAGAAAGACUCUAGAACCAUUGCAAAUGUGUAUUGUUGUGCCGCCGGAGAUUAAUGUUCUCGCAGAUGUUACGGAAAAGCAAACUAAUUCUCCAGUGAGUAAAACAUCAUCAGAUGGGCCUGGCUUGGUUGAAAACAGUGUUAAUGGAGAUGUGAUACCUGCAGAAGAUUUAACAAAGUUGUGCUCUCCUUCUUUCUCUUUGGAAGAGAAAUCUUCAGAUGUAAUUUUAAAUGGACAUCUAGAGAGUUCCACUAAUGACAUGGCUUGGAAUGGGUGUAAUAAUUUACCAUCUGAACCAAAUACACCAGGCGGUGGUUGUGCAGAAAAUUCCAGUCAAACUGAUAAAACAGUGGACACUUUAAUUGGUAUGAAAGGUUCAUCUCAGGGAUUUGCUGAAGCAGCAUGGGAACCAUGUUUUAUAUCAGAGCCUGUUGAACACGAUAAAGUUGAAACUUGUAGCAACAAAAACUGUCCCUCGCUUUGGACAUUAAACACAUGUGGGAAUAUUACUUUUGGAGAAAUUUAUUGCAAACUCAGAAGACCUCCAAAAUUAAAACUGGAGUAUACUUGGAAUGGCAUUGAACACAACCUUGCACCUUCACACACUGCCAUUUCUCUGCCAAGACUUGUUGAUAUUGCAACAACAGAAUUUACCAAAGUAAAAGAAAGCAAUGAUGAAUCCAAAGCAACAUCAAAAUCCUCAGAUACAUCAGCUAGUAAGAACAUCUCAUGCUCUCUGUCCAAAGAUAAAGGAACCACCUUGAGUGUAUCAAAAGAGAAAGUUUCUUCUAAAUUUACACGCCCUGCCACUAAAAUAAAUGACAAACUUCCAUUUAUCCUUCCAUCUGUGGUUGCACCAGCCACACAAACAUCAACUUCUAGAAGCACAAUUUCUGAUCUCUCACUACAAACUCGUCCUAUGGCCAGGGUUCGCAAAAGGCCACAGAGACCAAAUAUACACCGAACUUUAUUACCACGACCAGUUGGAAGUCUAAGUUCUGUCCCACCUGGUGCAGUAGCAGUGUCUUUUAUUCCUCAACCAGGGCAAACUGUUGGCACCAUCCUUGCAUCAGGUGUGCCUACAACAACCUCAUCAGGAACAACUCAGUCCAAGACAGUUGUUUCAUCCAGAUCACCUCCAGUGGGAACGUCCAGUAGCUCAACACUAGCAACUGUUUCAAGCCUUGUGGAAAGGCCUUCGCCAUCACUACCAGUGGUAGGAGUGGCAGCAGCAGAAAAUGGAUUUACCAAUGCAAACCCAACAGACUUAAGUUUGGAAAUGUCGGGAUUUUCAGACACAGACCUUCUUGCUGUUGUGGACCAUUUUGUUGGCAGCACAAAGUCAAUACCCGACAGUGUUGUGGCCACAUCCAACUCUGUGGACUCUAUCAUUGGUCUUGCUCUGGGAACUGCAUUAGAUGAUGGUGCAACACCUACCUCCAUUGCGGGAAUGAGCGAAGAUUCUAAUUCAGCAUUGUUAGCUUCUCUUACAGCUUUAAAAACUUCAAAUUUAGACCAAGCCGCACAGACAGUGCAGAGAAUUGGUUCGGACGCCUCUUCUAAUGUGCAUAUUGAGGAACUUAAUUCUGGAGUGGCUGGUGGAAGUAUGUCAUCAACUGUGACAAGCCCAACCUUGGAGAACAUUUUGAACUCAACAAACUCAGUUGCACAAUCUCCCACUUCAUGUAAUGUAUUUUUCAAUAGCGCAGGACCUAUUUGCAGCAUUGCUGAUUCACAGAGUCAACAAGAAGCAUUGAUUGAUAAAGAAAGCAUUUCUGUAUCAUCCCUAAUGUUAUCUCCAAAUUCAGAAAGUUCACUUCCAGCUUCAUUUCAGACCCACUGGUUUAAUGGAGAGAAUUCUAACUUUUCCAUUGGGAGCCUUUUAGAUAAAAUGUCCACCUCACCUAAGAAAGAUGAAAGGCUCCAUGGCCUGGGGGAGUCUGGAGAGAGUGCAUGUAAAGAACCAUCUCAGGAAAUCCUUCCCAGUGCCCACCAUUUACUAGAUCCGGAGACAGCUUUUCAUGCCAUAAUGGAUGAAAAUAGUGUGGACUUUGUGAAGAAAUUCCAAGACUUGGCAAAGGAAAUAUCUGGAGAAAAUAACAAAGCCCCGACAAGUCCAGCCUCAGAUACCGUCUUCGCAUCAUCGUGUAAUACAGAAUUAAAUGGCAGAUCCUCUGAUGACAGCAAUAGCGACAAUGGAAUCUUCAAACACAUCCUGAAACAAACAAAGGCGAACUUCAGUUGAACUUGUCUUAUUGUGAUGAUUUGUUUAUUUUCUUGGCCUCGUUUGUUGUCCAGUAAUGUAUUGCUACAUAAUAUUUGAUUUGUUGCCAACCAGGGGCUGUGAUAUGCUUUGGUUGUGUUGUAAGUAAUUUAAAGUCGUAAUUAUAUAGCUGUGUUCACCAGCGUAAAGUUCUGAUCACUCUUUUUGAACCAGUGGAUUUGCACAUUUUCUGCAAGUUUCUGGAAACAUUUGAAAUGAUAUUGUAUGGGAAAAUUCUUAACUUGCGUUAUCAGUUUUUAAAUGCGAUUUAACGCAAAAUUCACGAGUCGAGUAAUAAAUUUUCCUUGAAUCGCAUAAUUGAAUAAAAAAAAUUAAAACGGCA